GGGUAAACCGAAAGAUUGUGUAUUCCCUGGCCGAUUCUCCAGAAGGUUUCUUCUCGGUGGACAUGUCCUCAGGCAUCAUCAUUCUGGAACAUCCUCUGGACCGGGAACUUCAGUCUUCCUAUAAUGUCACCAUUAAAGCUUCCGAUCAGGGCAUCGUGCAGACGCUGUCCUCCUUUGCCACCGUUACAAUCACCGUCCUGGACAUUAAUGACAACCCUCCUGUCUUUGAGAGGAGAGACUACCUGGUUGAGGUGCCCGAGGACACCUCCCCGAAUGCCGAGAUACUUUUUGUGUUUGCCACCAGCAAAGACAUUGGUACAAACGCAGAGAUCACCUACCUCAUCAGAUCGGGUAACGAAAAAGGAAAAUUCCAGAUCGAUUCUAAAACAGGGUCCAUAUCUGUAAUUGAAGCUUUGGACUAUGAAAUGUGUAAGGACUACUUCCUGGUCAUUGAAGCUAAAGAUGGGGGUAGCCCAGCUCUGAGUGCUGUGACAACAGUGAAUAUAAAUGUGACAGACAUUAAUGAUAACCCACCACGAUUUAGCCAAGAUGUCUACAGUGCAGUCAUCAGUGAAGACGCAGCAGUGGGAGACUCAUUAGUAAUGUUGAUAGCUGAAGAUGUGGACAGUCCUCCCAACGGACUGAUUUCUUUCUCCAUUAUCAGCGGAGAUCAAAACAAUGAAUUUUCAAUUGAUCCCGGCUUGGGACUGAUUAAAGUUAAAAAGAGAUUGGACCGAGAACAGGUUUCAGGAUAUUCAUUAGUCCUGCAGACUCGAGACAGUGGUAACCCUUCUUUGACAGCCACGGUGACGGUCAACGUUGACAUUUCCGAUGUGAACGAUAACAGUCCUGUGUUUACACCUGCCAAUUAUACAGCCGUGAUCCAGGAAAACAAGCCAGUGGGAACCAGUAUUCUGCAAUUGGUGGUAACGGAUAAAGACUCCCUGCACAAUGGCCCGCCUUUCACCUUCGCCCUCCUGGCUGGAAACGAAGAGAAAGAAUUCAUGCUUGACCAGCAAGGCAUCCUGCGAUCCGCUGUCAUUUUCAAGCGCCUGGUAGCCACUGAAUAUGUGCUGUGCAUUCAGGCCAAGGAUUCAGGGAAGCCUCAGCAGGUUUCCCAUACCUUCAUUCAGAUCCGGGUGAUCGAAGAGAGCAUCCACAAACCCACAGCCAUUCCCCUGGAGAUUUUUAUCGUGACUAUGGAAGACGACUUCCCGGGAGGUGUCAUCGGAAAGAUCCAUGCGACAGACCAAGAUGUCUACGAUGUCCUCACCUACGGCCUGAAGUCAGAGCAGAAAAGUUUGUUCAAGGUCAACAACCACGACGGGAAGAUCAUUGCCCUCGGAGGGUUGGACAGCGGGAAGUAUAUCCUGAAUGUAUCUGUCAGCGAUGGGCGGUUCCAGGUCCCCAUGGACGUGACGGUCAACGUCGAGCAGUUGGCCCAGGAGAUGUUGCAGAACACUGUCACUAUCCGCUUUGAGAACAUCUCCCCGGAGGAUUUUGUGGGUCUUCACAUGCACGGCUUCAGGCGCACCCUACGCAAUGCCGUCCUCACCCAAAAGCAGGAUAGCCUGCACAUCAUCAGUAUUCAGCCCGUAGCCGGUAGCAAUCAGCUCGACAUGCUGUUCGCCGUCCAGAUGCACACCGGCGGCUUCUACAAGCCAGCCUACUUGAUUCAGAAGCUCACCAAUGCAAGGCGACACUUGGAAAAUGUGAUUCGCAUCGCUGCCAUCCUUGAGAAGAAUUGCUCCGGGCUGGAUUGUCAGGAGCAGCAUUGUGAGCAAAAUCUGUCUAUCGAUUCCCAUUCCCUGAUGACCUACAGCACCGCCCGGAUUAGCUUCGUCUGUCCCCGGUUCUACCGAAACGUCCGGUGUUCUUGCAAUGGAGGAGUGUGUCCAGGCUCUAACGAUCCUUGCACAGAGAAGCCUUGUCCAGGAGAUAUGCAGUGUGUAGGCUACGAAAUCAACCAGAGACUCUUCAUCUGUCAGUGUCCACCUGGAAAACUUGGAGAAUGCUCAGGACACACCUCCCUGAGCUUUGCUGGGAAUAGUUACAUCAAAUACCGGGUUUCUGAAAAUAGCAAGAACGAAGAAUUCAAAUUGGGUCUCCGUCUGAGGACUCUGCAAAGCAACGGAAUUAUCAUGUACACCAGAGCAAAUCCCUGUAUAAUUCUGAAGGUCGUGGACGGAAAACUGUGGUUCCAGUUGGACUGUGGUGCUGGCCCUGGCAUCCUGGGAAUUUCAGGCAGGACUGUGAACGAUGGGAGCUGGCAUUCCGUCUUCCUGGAAUUGAACCGGAACUUCACCAGCCUCUCGCUCGACGAUAGCUACGUGGAGAGGCGCAAAGCUCCCCUUUACUUCCAGACCCUGAGCACUGAUAGCUCUGUUUAUUUUGGAGCCCAGGUUCAGGUGGACAAUGUCCGAAGCUUAACAGACAAGAGGUCCACCCAGGUUUUGAGUGGCUUCCAAGGCUGUUUGGAUUCCAUCAUCCUCAACAACAACGAGCUGCCACUCCAGAACAAACGCAGCAGCUUUGCAGAAGUGGUGGGACUAACCGAACUCAAGCUUGGCUGUGUGCUGUAUCCUGACCCCUGCGAGCGUAACCCUUGUCAGAACGGAGGAACCUGUAUCAGUGUGCCGUCUGGGGGUUACCAGUGCAGUUGCCUUUCUCAGUUCACGGGGCGAAACUGUGAAUCGGAGAUCACCGCCUGCUUUCCAAAUCCUUGCCACCACGGAGGAUCCUGUGAUCCCAUAGGCAGUGCCUUCAUUUGCACCUGCAAAAGUGGAUUAACUGGAGUUACAUGCGAUGAAGACAUCAACGAAUGCGAAAGAGAGGAGUGUGAGAACGGGGGCUCUUGCGUCAACGUAUUCGGUUCCUUUCUGUGUAACUGCACCCCCGGGUUCGUGGGCCAGCAUUGCGGACUAAGACCCGUGGUGGUUCCUAAUAUCCAAGCUGGCCAUUCUUACGUGGGCAAAGAGGAAUUGAUAGGCAUCGCCGUUGUCCUUUUCAUCAUCUUUCUGUUGGUCGUCCUCUUCAUUGUCUUCCGCAAGAAAGUUUUCCGCAAGAAUUAUUCUCGCAACAACAUUACUUUGGUCCAAGACCCAGCUACGGCUGCUCUGCUCCACAAAAGCAACGGCAUCCAGUUCAAGAACAUGAGGACCAGCGGUGACAGCCGCAACAUCUAUCAAGAAGUUGGACCUCCUCAAGUCCCCGUGAGGCCGAUGGCCUACACACCUUGCUUCCAGAGCGAGUCAAGGAACAAUUUGGACAAGAUAGUUGACGGGCAUGGGGUGGAACAUCAAGAGAUGACAACCUUCCAUCCGGAAUCCCCCCGGAUCCUGACAGCAAGGAGGGGUGUGGUAGUCUGCAGUGUGGCCCCCAACUUACCCGCUGUAUCUCCCUGCCGUUCUGAUUGUGACUCCAUCAGGAAGACCUGGGAAAACGGCAAUGAAAGCAAAGAACUUGACGAUAUGGAAGAAGUAACCUGUUUGUCGGGAAGCAAUAAAGGCAGCAAUUCAGAAGUUCAGUCCCUCAGCUCCUACCAGUCAGAUUCCGGUGAUGAUAAUGCUUAUCACUGGGACACUUCUGACUGGAUGCCGAGCGCGCGUUUAUCUGACAUUGAGGAGGUGCCCCACUACGAGGCGGCCGAUGGCAGCACAGCUCACCACGGCAGCACCAGGGAGCUGGAGACGGAUUACUACCUUGGUGGUUACGAUAUUGAUAGUGACUACCCUCCACCGCAUGAGGAGGAGUUUUUAAACCAAGACCAAUUGCCCCCUCCCCUCCCGGAGGAUUACCCAGACCACUACGAAGCCCUCCCGCCCUCCCAGCCAAUCUCCAUGGCCAGCACACUGAGCCCAGAUUGCCAGAGGCGGCCGCAGUUUCACCCGAGCCAAUACCUCCCUCCUCACCAGUUCCCCAACGAGGUGGACAACGGUGGGUCUCAGACUGGGAACGAAUUUAGUACUUUUGGCGUUGGCCCGGGACCAAAUACAGGCAACAGUAUGGCCAAGAAACCCUUGGCUUUACACAAUUCUCUGGACGCAUCCUCGUCCGAUGUUUCAAUGGGGUGUGGUUUUGACGAUUCUGAGAUUGCCAUGAGUGACUAUGAAAGCAUCGAGGACUUCUCUCUGGAUCACCAUCAGAUUCACAUUCCUUUUGUGGAGAUCCAUCAGCAGACUCAAGUGUGAAGGAGCUCUUUUCAUUGGACUUCGUUGCUGUCAUUUGGGUCCCGUUCAUAGCCUAACUCAACAACUCUUCUCUUUUUGCGUCAUAAGUGUUCUACAUCGGGGACGGGGUUGAGAUCCAACCAUUUUCAGCCUGCCAAGGAGAUGGAUGUGGUGCAUGCACAUAACAGGGUGAAAACUGCAGGUUGUCUCGGAAAACCCAAGGUCAUCCAUUCAUUAGUCUUUGGAGUUAGCAUUACCCGCUUGUUGCCAAAAGAAAGAUGACCUGGCGGAAAAAUGGUUUGAUGGCAGACUGAGCCUUCCCCUUUGCAGCCUUGCGUUCUAAACCAUUUUAAACCCUGGACCAGUUAAAUCAAUAAAGGAAAGGAUAGCUGGUAAUUUCCCUCCCUAAAACCUUUUUAAAUCAGUUCGUUCAGAGUUCAUUAAAUGUCAUAUUUCUA